UGUGGGUGACAGAGAAGUCACAGUUACUGCGGAUGUUGUUUGAACAGGGGAGGAAUUCUAAAGCUACAACCAUUGCACGUCUCUCAGGGUAACUCAGUGGUAGCUGUUGCUGAGUAAAACACAGUGGCAGCCAUUUUAUUUCUGCAGAAGUGAUCCAGAGAUGGCCAGUGAUAGUCACAUGGAAAACCUGUAAUGCAAGGUCAGAGAAAACUGAAACUCAACUCGCCUUUCUGCAGCUGCAAGAAAAACCAGCAAAGCAAUGGAUACAUGGUUUGUUUGCAUUGUUUAUUUGGCUGUGGCAAAACUACUUUGCACUGAAACUACUAGCAGAUACAUUACACUGUACUGAGUCAGGAGGGGGAGGAGCACUAUUGGACUUAAGAAUUCCAUGCUUGGAUUUCAGAGUGUGCACAUAUUUGCAGUCUGUGGAAUGCAAGGAGCCAGCUGUCAUUUCAUUCAUGUUACACUCUGAGCAUGGAUGCCGAACACUAGCAGCUAACACCAGUGGACUUCAACUGGACUUCAACAACUUCCACACAACCAGCAUCUUUGGAUUUCUGGAUGUGAAUGAAUCUUCCAUCAACGCGCCAAUGGAUCAACUCUCAAACUUUGAAAAUAUAGUUUAGUUUGUAUAGAUUGAUUCCAGCCAGAUUUAAGAUGCUGAAAUGUUCCGUUAUGCAACAGAGGUAAUCCACAGCAUCAGCUAGUGUGUUAAGGGCAUUCUAGACAGGAUUACAGGCGUAUUACAUGAAACAGUGCAUGCUAUUGAAUCUGAGGUGGAUAACACGCUGCAGUAUUCAGAACCAGCUGCAGUCCAAUUUCAUAUAGAAACCAUCAGUGAAGUUGCGUCCUGGUCAGAGGAUUGGUUUUGGGUCCAGAUGUUCCUCAACACGUUGCUGGUGGUCCUGACGGACCUGGCGGCCCGGCUCCUGGGUAACACUGUGUUUCGGCAGCACUUCCACCUGUUGCUGUCAGGAAUGGUGAUGUUUGGCCCUGCGCUGAGCUUCUGGGUCUCCCAGCACAGCAUCUUUGCCAAGAGAAGCCACUUCCUCUACAGGAUGUUCUUGCGCUCUGGUUGGGGCUGGACCUGCAUCUUUGUCGGCUCCUUCGUCUUUCUCCUCUCCUUCUCCAUUCGUCGCUCCCUCUCUCUGUCCAUGCGUCACCUCUCCCGGCUCGGGGUGGCUGGCGGGUUGUGGCUUGGUUUCUGUAAACUCCUGGACCUUCUAGAGAACACCACAGGAAGCUGCUAUGAACCUUUACUCAGCGGCCCAGAGGUCACCAACGGGCAGCCUCUGCUGGUGUUGAGGGAAGGGGAGAGUAAGUCCGAGUGUCUCAAAGCUGGCAUGCUGUGGAGGGGCUAUGAAGUUUCAGAAGAUGUCUUCCUCCUGUGUCUCUGCUGCCUGCUGCUGGCUGAGGAAACAGCCGUGUUUGGACCUUAUCUGAGCCUGGGAGGGAUCUCAGAUGCCCCUCUGAGGAUCCUCUUCCUGUUCUGUGUUCUCCUGCUCUGGCUCUGGAUCUUUCUGCUGCUCUGUCUCUUAGCUUACUUCCCUCAGUUCCCCACUCAGCUGCUAGGGGGCGCUCUGGGAUGUCUGAGCUGGAGGGGACUGUACCAGGGCUGGUAUCGCCUGGGGCCCAGCUGGUACUGCCCCGGGAGACCUGGACAGGGGCUGCUCAACACUAAGACCACCGGUGCUGACGCAGAGGACGCACAGCUGAACCAUGAUCACUGCAAUUAACUGAUGAAACAAACACAUUUUAACACUGACACAAAGAUGAAUCAUGAACUCUCAGUGGUUGUUCGGAGAUGAUUAAGAUGACCUGUCCGUUUGUGUUUGUUGUCCUCUUAUAACAGUAAGACAAGAAAUCCUGCUGAAACUUGGAACAGACAAAUGGACAAAAAGUGAACUUUCAAAAACGUAUCUCUUUUUUUCUAAUGUGUGACAAUGCAGACAAUGCCAUAUCAAAAGGCUCAUUUCCUGUGACAUCAUAACAGGAAGUCAAAGUGGAUGACAAGAGAAAGUCCAUAAGACAAGGAUUUGGGACAACAGACAGCAGUGUCCGUUUACAUACAGGCUGGGAAUGUUUGAGAAACCCAGACUGUACUGAACCACAGCUUAGAUUUUGUUUGCAAUGCAGAGAAAGGAGGACUUGCUGAAAUGAUUUGAUGGAUAUGUGACAUAGUAAUUAACAACUAAAUUUCAAUUCAACACUUAAAGGUCCACUGUGUGUGAUUAAGGGUUAUAAACUAGCAGAAAUCGAAUGUAAUAUAAUAAGUAUGUUUUCUUUCAUGUAUAAUCACCUGAAAAUAAGAAACCUGUUUUCCUUAUCUUAGAAUGAGCUGUUUCUAUCUACAUAGCAAGCUGGGCCUCAUGUAUGGAGAUCGCCAUAUUGCACCCUAGCAGCAACUUUUGAAGCUAAAAAAAUAAAGCCAACAUGGGAAGUGCCAAAAACUGCAGUUCUUUUAAUAACCACUUGAGUCUGGAUCCAAUAGACAGUCCUGAUUUACAGCAGGAAUAAACAUGUUUACAUCCUGGUGCAAAGAAACAGUUGUGGUCUCUAUAGCUAAUUUCAACAUUCAUGACAACUGUACGGGAGCUGAAUUUUUAUGUCACUCACCUGGCUUCAAGUCACACAUAAUUAAGGGCAGGCUACUUUGAGUGACAGGCUGUCUGCUGACAGCGUCUUCAGCUUCUCAGAUCUACCCCUCGUUCCUCCACAGCUCCAGCCUCUCACCCAAACAUGGUCACUUAUGGUUCCAAAAAAGAUGGUGACUGCUGACAUGUCAAACUUGAGGCUUCAGAACAGGAGUCCACAAACUAAUGGGUGACAUCACGGUACAGACUGUGCUUGUAUCGCUAUGUUUCAAUAUCCCAGAACGGACAAACCAAACACUGGCACCAUUUGCUUUUUUGCAUUGGCCAGCAUCAUUAGAAGCCCCUCUGCAAUGAGCAGCAUCAGAAAAACACCUAUUUUUUAACGUGAAACUGUUUUAUUCAGUGUUUUUACUGGUUUAAAUCACCGGAUCUGUUUGUUUUGGAGAGAAAGAGACCUCUGUGAAUAAUUUGGCUCCCAGUAAACACCCCCUGAACAUCUGGAUCUUAAGUUAUAAUAGAACAGCGGUGAGCACACAUUAGCAGUGCUGGGCUAAGGGAAAAACACUGAUUUGUAACAUGAAACUGCUUUAUUCAGUGUUUUUACCGCUGUAAAUCACUGAUGUGUUUGUUUUGGAGAGUAAGAGACCUCUGCAGAUAAUUCAGCUCCUGGUCAGAACCUCCUGAAUGUCUGGAUCUUAAGUUAUCAGAGAAAAUAGGGGAGCACACAUUAGCAGGUGGUGGGAUAGGAACCAGUCUGCGACAUGCAAAACAGCGUUGGAGAAACUGAUUUGUAACAUGAAACUGCUUAAUUUACUGUUUUUAUCAGUUUUAAUCACCUGGUUUUGUUUUUGAGAGGAGGAGACCUCUGCUGAUAAUUUUGCUCCUGAUAAGCUACUGAACAUAGAAUAUGUAAGACAUUGGUUGAGUUUGGUUAUACAUUUCCUCCAUUGUUCAGAUGCAUUACUGUCAUUUGUGCUCUAAGCCUGCAAAUACAGUGAUUAAAACUUUAAAUGCAUUCACCUACCUUUCACUGAAUCCUUGUUCUCUUGACACAGGUCUCUUCUCUGUUCACCCAACCAUUGCCAAAAAAUAAAAAUAAAAAAAUACACAAGUUCAGACACUGAUUGUAAAUUUCACACAAGUCCUCUGCAUACAAUAUUUUCAAUCAUGUUCCAGAUUUGGAGAAAUUGGUUUCUGCUAUAUUGGUUCAUUUACUGUGUGAGAAUAAAGGCAAGGCAGCGAACACUGAGGCAAUUCAAAGUGAUUUACACCCCCCAAAAAUACAUUAGAAUUACACUCAAAAACAGUGAGUGCCAAAAAUCAAAAUAAAAUAAAUCAAAUAGAACAAAAUGAGAUUUUAACAGUGACAUAAGGUGAAAUUAAAUGCAUAUAGAAAUGCACCAAAGGAAAUGAAAGUGCACUAGAGAAACCCAUCAAUCAAAGGCACAGGGAAACAGCAGGGUUUUCACCAUCAGAGAUUGAGCCAGGAUGGUCACGGAAAACCUGGAAAAAUCACAGCAUUGCACAAUCUCAUUUUCCAGGCCUGAAAAAGUUAUGGAAUUGGGUAAAUCCUGAAAGGUUUUGGAAAAGCCAUGAAUGUUAUGGGUAAUGAAGUUGUUAGAGUAACCUUUUGUGAAUAUCCUUUCAUGUACAGUAGUAUAAAGAAAAAAUUAUUGUCUGUACCUGCUGAGAUAACGUAGCUCCUCUAUGUGUCACUGCAUGACCAUCAUGUAUGUUUCGUCAAUUUAUCCUAACAGUCUCUCCCUCUAUAUAUGCCAGCUAUCUGGAAUUAUGUUUGAAAAGAGUUUGAAUCUGAUAUGUUUAAAUGACACUGGGGCAAGAAAACUAAUGUGUUGUGUGUGAUAAAACAUGUAAGGUCAUGAAUCCCAAAGUUUCCAUACUGAUGUCCCACUAGUACUUUUAAACUGUACUGCACUUUUGAGAUUGAGUAAUUGACGUGGCCAGCCAAAGGCGGUCAGUUGUCACUUUGGUUUUAUUCUUACUGAUCGGCAAAGCCUUGUUUCUACCAAGCAGUCCAGUCCAGUCAUUUCCAUAAUGUAAAGUUGUGGAUGGUACCAAUAGAACCGUCUCCAUUUAGGUCACCCCUCUGUUGAGGUACCUAGCACAUCCAUCCAAUACUACAAGA